AUGGGUUUCAUGUUUGUAAAAUGGGCUGGGAUACUGCCAGGGAAGACGAUAAGUUCCUCAACCAAAGCCAUUGGUUCAAAAGUCAGACCGGCAAUUCGCCACAUGUGUUCCAACCCCAAACCUGCAGAACCGGGACACUUCCCAGUACAGCUCAUUGAGUCACAAAAUCACACAGACCGUUACAAUAUGGUAGGGCAUUUGACAAAGUGCCAUUUUUCAAUGCCAUCAGUCGAUAUUUACAACCUGGGUGAAAAACCCGUCAAAUCACCCGUCUCAGUCAAUGAUUCUGAAGCGUACGGUUCAUACAUCCAAGGGGAAACAACCGUACGAUCUGGCAGCGAAACCCACCGCCUUGAGCCGUCCUUGAAAAGUUCCACUGACCAAUUCGAAAUUGGCUGCUUGGGGAGCAAAUCACCGCGCAGUUUGGAAAGAUGGAACAACGAGGUAAACGAGUUCCAAAGGGCCAAACGCGAAUCGCUGAGGAACGCCAGUGGAAGUUUCACUCACCGGAUGAAUCUGUUCUUCCGCAGAGCUACUCAUGGAUGCCAAAACGACUGGGUAUUACCAAAAAUGCAAACGUAUCAAGUUCCAGAUUACCACCAAUGGAAACAACGGCUCCGACUAGACUUGGAAGCUGAGUUGUCCAGACGUACUCAAGAAGCUGUUCAAACCCCACCACGUGAGCGGCUAAGGCAGAUGAGGAUGGACUACGAGGCUCGCGAAUCCCAGCGUGCAUUGGUCGGUCAGCUGCAUCGUGAGGAGAUGAUCUUAAUGCAGAACAAAUUUCCACAUGACUCGAACGUUUCAAAGCAGAAAGACCUCGUUGUUAAAAAACCCAAUAUACUUGAUCCAAAACUACACCCUGUAGCAAGGAAACAACAAAAACGUCGCCAGUGGGAACUUAAGGCGCACCACGCGAGAGAGCUAGUUACGGUGAUCAAGCCAAUCUCGAAAGAAAUGGGGGAGGCAAUAUCAAAUGAAAUAUUUCAGCUGGAGCCAAAAGAUAGGGAGCUAAUUGACAGCACAGAAUCAGAGUCCGAUACGUUACGAAGUGAUGAGAGUCGAGCAAUCAAUCCAGAAAAGCUGUCCCAGACAUCUAUUCAGGUUGAUCGGCUAUCCUGUGCUCCUUCAAACUCAUCAAUCAGCGAGAUUACAAAGCGUACGAAAGCCGUACUGCAGCGAAGAAGAUUUUCGAUAGGCACGUGUUCUCAUUGGCUGACUGGAGAACCCCCGGAAACCAAUCGUGAGAGUUCAGGCUACCCGAGGUCGGUUGGGUCCAUCUUAAGCUGCUUGUGUGACACAGAAUACGACGGUCUCAGCUGGCACAUAUCAUCAAACCGCCAAGUCACCGGUGACCCGUUUUGCUUUGAAUGGGACGCGUCAGCUGUACCAGAGGUGUAUAGGUUGUCAAAGGAUUUCGGCUCUUUAUUCACCGAUACAGACAAAGAGGUUAUGACGGAGAUCGAGCGUUUUGCUGCGACGAAGAGAACGUCUUUCAACUGGACCACCAGGCAAGCCCUAUUACAAAGGCUUCAACAGCUGACACGAGAGGAAAAACAGGUGAGUCUUUGGCAUUUUCUAAUAAAUAACUCCGUAUCUAAGGCCUUCUUCCCUUCACGGCUAGACCGUUGCUUUUAUUUUCAGCUUUUCUACUUUAGCGCCACCAGGGCUGCGUAUUUAGUGGCUACGACGAACAGUCACACCACGCUACCGGACGGUACUCAGAUGAAACUUGGCGGCUUCGAUCAACACUGGGUGAACAAUCAGGGACGUCAAAACCAACUGUUGUCAACGGAUUCUGGAACGAAGUUUUAUUCUUCAGAUGGGAGUCCAACUAUUGAGGACGAAUCAAAUCAUCUAGAAGCAGAUGACUGGCAAUCAAAAGAGGCUAGACAAGUUCCGGUCUUAAGCGAUUGGACUGGUGUGACAAGAGAUAUUCAUGGACCAUUUUGGCCCAAUGGGUUAGGACCACUCUAUCCGGCCCCAAUACACCUACGCCCAAACUCUGAGAAGAAAGAUGAAACAGAGAACGUCAGUGCAAACUACUCGCUGUUGCGUAUCUCCCAAGCCACUGCAAAACUUCAGGUCACAGGCGAUCCGGAAGAGUGCUUGAUUUCAAGCUGGUUCGUGCCACAAGUGGUGUACGACCGCGAGACAAGCGCACGCUGGACGUCCGCUAUGCUUGAGGCGAUGGGAAUGAGUUCACAGCUGGGGAAUCCCCGUCAGUUCAUCAGCUGGAUUCCUCCAAGCCUAGUUUUUGAAUCCAGGUUCGAGUGUGGAAACUUGAGACAGGCCAGGAGGAUUGGUAUGUUCGAAUAUGAACUGCUACUCAGUCCAGAUUUGAAUACCAACAGACACGUGCAGUGGUUUUACUUUGCAAUUCGGAAUGCGAUUCCCGGUUUCCAGUACCGUUUUGUGAUCGUCAACUUCUCCAAGAAGGAGAGUCUAUACAAGAAGGGUAGGUUGAAUAAACUACGUUCAACUUGCUCCCCAUUGAAUCCAUAUCCGAAAUCUGUCACUUACUUUUCAGGAAUGCAAGUCCUUUUCUACUCUGAAAAACAAGCGGAGCGGAACGGUCGCGGGUGGCACCGUACGGGACAAAACAUAAAGUAUACGGAAAACACUGAAAAUCGAUCGAACCCACUAAUUCAAUCCAACUCAAGGAUAUAUCAAUUGCAGUGGGAUCAGACGUUCCCUCAUGCAGAUGAUUUGUGCUACAUGGCCUACUGUUAUCCCUACUCGUUCACUGACUUGAAGAGCGAUCUGAAGGAGCUGGUGCGGCAAGCGAAAACAAAUGCACUACCUGAAGGAACAGUUUGCUGUGAAAUCAUGUGUCAGACCCGAGUGGGAAAUUCAUGUUUCCUAGUAACCAUUACGGAUCCCGGUGUGCCGGACUGGGAAAAGAUCGCGGUUAUCCUGACUGCACGUGUUCAUCCUGGAGAAACCAAUUCAAGCUGGGUCAUUCUGGGCCUAAUGCGCAGCCUGAUCAGCAAUAAUUCUGAGGCUGAAUUUUUACGACGUUCUUACGUAUUCCGAAUCGUCCCGAUGCUCAAUCCAGAUGGUGUCAUACUUGGCAACUAUCGAUGUUCAGUUACCGGUCACGAUUUGAAUAGAAACUAUCGCAAACCCCAAAAGGACGUGUUCCCCACCGUAUGGCACACUCGGGAGUUGCUUCGUCAAUGUAAACUAAAAAACAUGGACGUCAUCUACUAUGACCUUCAUGGACACAGUCGACGAAACAAUGUCUUCACCUACGGAUGCGAUCAGUCUCUUCGAAAGGCGCCAAACAACACCGAUGUUGUUAAUCCAAUUACUUUAUUACAGGAUCGUGUACUUCCAUUUCUGCUUUCCAAGCUGCUUCCCGACAAGUUUUCUCUAACCGCUUGCCGAUUCAACAUCCAACGCCAAAAGGAGUCCACAAGUCGCGUGGUAUUCUGGCGCGAGUUCGAACUUACUCACAGCUUCACGCUCGAGACAACAUUCAACGGUUCAAAUCUGAUGGGGUUUGUUAUUGAUGAUCUUGUAUCGAUUUUGCAGUAUAUUCCACCAAAUUCACUGAAUAUCACCCAUUUCCACCAGGCGGGAACUGAAGCAGUUCGAUAUCACGGAUUUUAUGGAAGUUGGACAAAGUAUCGGACCCUGCCUGCUCGAGUUUCACCGACUUUAUACAAAACCCUCAUUGCGAAUUCCGAGCCGCGCGGUUCAGGAAUGGGUGGCUCUACAUCCCGUUUGCAUUUAUCUGUACAAACUUUGAUGCGAUCCGGUUCUGGAAGCAUCUAUUCGAUCCCUAUUCGUGAGGAUAAAACGUCCGUCUCGACAAUCAAGCUCAUGCGACCUAUGAUCGCACGGAUUGCCAGAACGUUUCUCGUUCAUCUACUCAAAGAAGCUCGGAGUUGUGAUGCUCAGUCUGGUGACCUUGAGACUUCCAAUCAGAGCGAGGAGAACGCAAACCUGACGCACACUCAAAGAUCUCCGUUGGAACAAGCGCCUACAUCUCCCGACGAAUCGAGGACUUCCGGUACGAUAGGAAUGAAAAUACAGUCCGGUCCUCACCUCCCAACCAAAAUGACUCUGGAAGACAUGGUUGAUUCAAUCCGUCGACUGGAAGCAGGCAGGGAACUUAACACUCUGAGUGCUGCUCACGAACCAGAUGAAUCGAGUUCAUCUGACUCAAAUUCAGAUAGUGAACCUGAACUGGAAGUUGGAGCCCAGAACGAGCUCCUUUUCAAUGUGGAUGACACAAAAGGUUUUGAAAUUUUGAAAACGCAGUGCAAACUCACGGCAGAACCGGUCAGUAAGCGAGCCAAUGGGGGGAAGAAGAUCAAAGGAAAAGUUGGGAGAUCAGGCAGGAGUCAUGGCACGGGGCUGGGAAAACGCUCUUUCACGUUACCAUGUCUGAGAAGCGGUCGGCGGUGUAACACGGAGAGUUCCGGUGAAAUCAGUGACCUUUCCCGAGAAAACUCUGGAGCAGAAAGUGCCAGGAAAAACGUACUGACGCAAAAGCGAAAGAACGAGCUAAAGAAGUUGGAAGCUGGUUCAAACUUUGUUGGCAAGUAUGAUGGAAAGACAAAUAAUGGGAUACCAUGCUUUGUUGAGAAACGCCUUCUGGAAAGAGCUUGCCAGAAGUUGUAUCAUGUAUGGCAGAAAACGGACUUUACCAACUAUGAGGAUGUGCGCCUCUACUGGCGUUGUAUCGACUACGUGGAAAGUACGUUCUCGUUUCUUAAUUUUCAGCUCAAAAUGGCUCUUCUGUUCGAAACUACGGAAAAAGAUGAGGAAGAUUAUCGUCAAUUCCUGGAAAGACUUUCUUUAAUCAAAACCAAAACUCAGGAACGUUUGGAGGCCCUUUCGGUGGACACACGUGCCUUCAGUCAGACAUUUUUGUCUCCAAUGCCAGUCUGGCAAAACAGUGUGGCGAACAAUUUCGAAUCGGACAGAAUACGAUUGAUUUGCAGUGGUUACUCGAAUUUAUCCAGCAACACUUCGUAUAACCCAUGGGCUGAUGCAGAGUCAAUGCACUAG